AGUUGGAUGGAUAAAGCAAUAUUAAAAAAGGCGGGAUCUCAUAAAAUUUCAAGAAUUUGAAGCUAUCCUCCGCCUUCUAAUUCGAUAACACAACAAACAGAAUAUCGAUUAAUCAACAAGUAAUCGAGUCGAAAAUGGGGGACAAGUCCGUACGCUCCGAGAUGGAGGAGCUCCGAUUGAAAUGCGAGAAAGAUAUUCAACUUCACCACCACUCUACACUUGCAUCUCUCCAAUCAUUUCGCAAAUCUCUCGAAUCUCAAUCUUCAAUUGCCCAAUCCACUUUUCAAAAUCAAGCAAAAUUAGGAAAGCUCAAAGCACAACUCCGUGCAGCGGAGGAUGAUUUUGUCAAGGCUCUUGCUCUAAAGACACGUAAAGAGGCAAAGCGGAUGGCAAUGAUGGAUUCAAUGGUUGCUACUAAAGAAAGAGUAGAUAAACUGAAAAGAUUGGUAGAGGAGCGAAAAUCCAGGAAAGAUGAGUAUGCUGAAAUCAUAUCCCGGCAAUCUAAAGUUCUAUCAGCAUGUGAAGAGAAGUGCAAGGACUCCGAAUGCAAAGAACAAAUAGAAGAGGCUAUCUCUUGGUACAACAGAGUUCUUGGUUUUCGGAUUGAAUGUGGACAUGGGAUAAAAUUUGUUUUUAAUAAAAUCAACCCAAAUGAUCCUAAGGAAGAAUAUUACUUUACCGUCCGUCAUGAAAAUGAUGUGUACUCUUUACUUGAUUGUGAUCCAUAUCUUAAUGACACAAAAGAGUUGAUUACUGAGUUGAAUAAGAGCAAUGGUUUAUUCCAAUUCGUACGGACUAUGAGAAAGAAGUUUGAAGCUACAACUUGUGGUACUAAUCCUAACUAUGUAACCGUUGGACAAGACACUUCUACAAUCUCUGCAUCUGCUCCAGUUUCAUCAAUUUCCACCGGUAGUAGAAGUCAAUCACCGGUCAAGCAAAAAGCACUCCAAGCUGGAGACAAUGACAGACUUCCCAAGAAAGUCAACCGUGGUAAAGGCCGUUUAUCAGAUAUCAAGUCACCUGAAAAUUCAUCUGUUCGCCGUUCACCGCGUCUCAUGGUCAGGAAAUGACAUAGGAUCAGCUGCUCUGUAACCCAAAGCUGAUGAACUGCCUACCUCCUGCAACGAGCAGCUGCCCUUUAUUGAAAUGUGAUGUAAACGAAUUUGUUUGAUGAUGUGUUUCUUUUGAUAAUUAAUAUCGAGCUAAGUUAAUUACUGCUGUUAACGAAUGCCCACCAAUUUUUUUUUUUUUUUUGAUGAAUAUUAAUUCCAAUUAUAUAGUCUUCUUCCACUCUCAA